GGGAGAUUUCGCCGCCACGUCGCUCGUUCUAAAACACGGUGGUCUAUGUAACGUUCGUGCUAACUUGAAACUAUCCUACAGCGAGCUACAAGUUUCUGCACCCUGCCGCCGUUAACCACAACCGCAGCGUUGCACUUGCCGCAGUGUGUUGUUACACAACUCUUUCUGGUUAUCAUUAUUCCCCACAUAUCCUUCACGCCAGCGCUUUCUCCCCACAUACCCCUUCAGCCCUGUCAUUACCGACGUCCGCAUAAUCAUCAACAUUCGUCAUGCCUGCAGUCUGGCAGAGACAUCCUCGAUAUUUCAUCCUUGUAUCCUUGGUUCUGACAGCAACUUUCUUCUUACUCAGUCCAUACGAAGCUCCCCUCACCACCGACUCGUAUGCUGCAUAUAUCCGUGACAGUACCCUUCCAGCACGACUUGAACGAGCAGAGAGGGUCUAUCAGAAAGUUGUAGCUGGCCGCAAGGACCUAAUACAGAGAUAUGGCCCAACCUCUCGCGACAUUGUCAUGUUCCCACCAGACAAAGACCCAUGGCCAGCAUACACGGCUUGGAGCUUCUUUCCUCCAGCCUUCGACUGUCCGCACGAACUAGAGCGCAUAGGUGCACUGGGGGAUGGUGGAAAGUGGGCAUGUGGGAUGUCUCGACUGGAGCACAAGCCAGACUGUAUCAUAUACACUUUCGGUAUGAACUAUGAAACGACAUUCGAGGCACAACUCCUCGAACGGACGCGGCACUGUCAAGUUUGGGGAUAUGACUAUCGCUCUAACUCAUUUGGAUCCCACAUCAAGAACAACUACCGCGCACACUUCUUUUCGUGGGGUCUUGCCAAUUUUGAUUCGCAUGAGUCGCACAAUAACCCUAAACUGUAUACUCUCAAGACCCUGCUUGACAUGAACAAGCACGAGCAUAUUGACGUACUCAAAAUUGACAUAGAAGGUUGGGAGUUUGACACACUCACCCAGAUAAUCCAACCAUACAUCUCGUCCGGGGAACCACUACCAUUCGGACAGCUCAUAGUCGAGAUUCACGCCUGGGACAAGAAGUUCGAGGAUUUCUUGCCUUGGUGGGAGCUGCUAGAGCAAGCUGGAUUGAGACCAUUUAUGAAUGAGAUAAACCUCGUAUACCAGAACUACAACCGGGGAAAAGACACGGAUCUUGCGGAGUACUCCUUCAUCAACAUCAAAGGAAACAACAUCUUCAUCUCGGACCCGCAAGAUGCUCCUGGACAUUCGGAUGUUAUAUAAGCAAUACUGCGCUGAUCGCACCUUGCGGUGUACACACGGAAACUCCUGGUGGCGUGGGUAUGGUGACAUAGUGGACAGUCGAUGGUCAAUUUUGUGUGGAUACACACACUAUGGAUAUACGCAUAUAUUAAUGAUUGAGUACAUGUUGCAGGUCCAGUGCAAGACUGCGCUGCGCUGAAGCUGUGCUUGCUGUAGCGCUCAGCCUUAGCUAUGUUUCGCCAUAAAGGUACUGACCGCAACACUGCGGAUUGCACGUGUGUCUUUGUACGGCUGUUACCUGAAAUGACGUUCUUGCCAAGUUCUU